AUGGAAGAAGUUUUGAGCGGAGAACCUUGGUUCAUUGGGAACCAUAUUAUCGGGAUUGAUAAAAGGUCCACUUCCCUCUCUCCGGAGUUGCUGAGAGGUUUGAUGUCACCUGUAUGGAUUAGAUUUCCAUUCUUACAUCAAAGCUGUUGGGAUGAGGAAAACAUAGCCCGAAUUGCUUCAACAAUUGGAACACCGUUCUUCAUUGAUGGGAAUUCUCUUAGAUGGGGGAAGAGAGAAUAUGCACGUGUCUGUGUGCGUAUUAAUCUUCAUAAGAAAUUUCCUAAAGGUGUAUGGAUAGAAGGAAUUCAAGGAAGAACUUAUCAAAAAGUAGAAUAUGAGAAGAUGACUUCUCUAUGCUACCACUGUCGAGUUAUUGGGCAUAGCAAAGCCAGCUGUCUGGAGAUCAAAUCAGUUAAAACUUAUGAACAAUCAAUAGUGAAUUCCAAGAUUGAUAAGGGAGUUCUUAAUGAUAAGCAGAAUGAAGAUAUAGAGAAGAAUCAAAUUGAUAAUGACAAUCUCGAAGAACUAUUAGUUGAUAAAAAUUACCAAAAUCAGACUGAAGAAAGUCAGGCAAAUCAAGUUGUUGCUGGGAAGGACUUUAUUAAUAAAGUGCCAGGAAAGUUAGAAUCUAACUUGGAUAUAACAAUUGCUGAGGUAUGUGUUAAUAACAAAUUCCAAGUGCUGCUCGAAGAACAAGAGGAGGGAGAAAUAACUGAAGUGGUUGAAACAGGUGAAAUAAAUUACAUAGGAAAUGCUGUUCAAACUACAACAAAUGCUGGCAAGCAAUCCAGUUCUGAUAGGUGUCGAAGCUCUGGAGAUCAUACUGCAAAUUCUGGGAAAUCUAAACUCUCAAAGGAGGUUAGAUCUCUGGGUCCAGUUGAGGCAACUCAUAGAAUGAGGAAAGGAGAUAGCAGAGUUGGUAAAAAAGGUGGGGACUCUUCCCCUCUUCAUCAUUAA